GGAGACUUGCAGUAAACAACCCCAACUGAAUACUGCGUACUGCAUACAUUGCCUUGACGACCUUCUUUCUACAGACCAGAACUCGUCACAAUGUCCGCAGAGAAGGAAAAAUCCAAGGUCCAUAAACUAUCCUUGAAAGGGUCCUCCAAGCUGGUCUCCGAAUUUUUUGAAUACUCGAUCAACUCAAUUCUGUAUUUCCACACCGCCCGGAACGAGGACCGCCGUCCCAUGCUGAUAUUAUCUAGCUACCAACGAGGGGUCUACCCAGCGGAGGACUUUUCACCUGUUAAGAAAUAUGGCCUAAACAUGCUCGUCACAUCCGACGAUCAAGUCAAAGCCUACAUCAAGAAGAUCAUGUCGCAGCUAAACAAGUGGAUGAUCGGCGGCAAGAUCUCAAAGCUGGUGGUAGUCAUCACCAGCAAAGAAACCGGCGAGAAUGUGGAGAGAUGGCAGUUCGACGUACAAUUACACUCGAAAUCGGCAUCCAAAUCCUCGCGGACAGCAGCAGCUGCCAAGGAUAAAGAAAACGCCGCCGCCGCCGCUGCUGCCGACACAGGUGUCACGGUGGAGAAGACUGAACAGGAGAUUCAGCAGGAAAUCCAGGCGAUAUUCAGACAAAUCACCGCGUCAGUAACCUUCCUGCCUGUGCUGGACGGAAACUGCACGUUCAAUGUCCUUGUCUAUGCAGACGCAGACUCCGAAGUGCCUGUGGAAUGGGGCGACAGCGAUGCUAGAGAAAUCACAAAUGGAGAGAAAGUACAACUAAGGAGUUUCAGCACUAAUAACCACCGUGUCGAUACGCUGGUUAGUUAUAGACUGGCCGACUAGUCAACUAUGUUUCGGAGCGAUGGCGUUGAUUCACAAACGGGCCUGUUUAUACCAGUUCAUAUUAAUUCAAUAUAUUAUUACCUAUUAA